AUGAGGUCAUCAAUCAGUCUAGCCGCCAUCACAGGUUUCGUCGGCCUUGCCAGCGCCAAAGGCCGCGACCCUCCCAAAAUGACCGACUUUGACUGGGAGACCAUCACGCCCUCACACAAGCUGGAAUACCACCCAUGCUAUGACGACUACCAAUGCGCCCGCCUUUCUGUUCCCCUCGACUGGCUCGACGAGACUAAUGAGCACACUGUCGCUCUCGCAAUCAUCAAGCUCCCCGCCUCCGUCCCCGACGACGAUCCGUCAUUCGGGGGCACAGUCUUCACGAACCCGGGCGGGCCUGGCGGCUCCGGCGUGAGUCUGUUGCUCCGCAAUGGCCACGACAUGCGCCGCACGCUGAGCGGCGGCAGCAAAAAGUACGAGAUGCUUAGCUGGGACCCGCGCGGCGUGCAAUUUACCACGCCAGUGGCCGAUUGCUAUGAGGAUGAACUCGCAAGAGACACGGACAGCAUCCAGCGUUUGGCCAUCGGACCGCUUGAUGCCAGCCCGGAUGCAUUGAGGAGGCAGUGGGCGAGGAUUCAGGGGUACGGCAGGCUCUGUACUGAGAAGCCCGGCAACGGCUCCAUCAUCCCAUUUGCCACGACGGCGUCCGUCUGCCGCGACAUGGUCGAGAUGGUGGACAAGAUUGAGGAGCUUCGCAAGGAAGAAGCUGCCUCACAACCCGAGCAGUCGCUGGAGCUCAGGAAGGUUAAGGAGGUGCCGCGGAUUCAGUACUGGGGCUUCUCUUAUGGCAGCAUUCUCGGCAAUGCAUUUGCCUCCAUGUACCCCGGACGCGUGGGCCGGCUCAUUGUUGAUGGCAUCGCAGACGCAAAUGACUACAUGGCAGGGGGCUGGAAGACUAACCUGCAAGACACGGAGAAGCUUGUCGACUACUUUUACGAGACUUGCUUUGAAGCUAAGGAGAAAUGCGCGCUGAGUCGGCCGUCGGAUACGAAUUGGCAAGACAUUCGAGAUCGUGUUGAUCUGCUCGUGAAACACCUCAACGAAGCCCCCGUUGCGGUCCUCGACGGGAAACUCACAAACAUCCUGACCGGCUACGAUGUCAUCCUCUCGUUCAAAAACCCGCUCUACGCGCCCUACACCCGCUUCACCAAGCUUGCCAACGAAAUAAACGCCGCCAUCGAGGGGAACUACACCGCCCUCCUGAACUCUGCAUCCGCCGAGAUCCCGAAGCUCGACCAGGCCUGCACCCACCCCAACAACACAGACCUGCCCCUUUCGUGGGGCGACGGCGGCCAGGCCGUCCUCUGCGGCGAUGGCGAGGACAACUCGAACAUGUCUCUCGCCGACUAUAGAGCCUACGUCGCGGAGCUCGAAUCCCAGUCCCCGACCUUCGCCGGCUACUGGGGGCAAAUCCGCUUCGCCUGCACGAGCUGGCUCGUCCGCCCCAAGUGGCGCUUCACGGGUCCGUUCACGACGCCGCCGCACGACGCAGCGCUUGUGGAGGGGCGGCCCGCGGCCCCGUUGCUCUUCAUGUCCUCGCGGCUCGAUCCUGUGACUCCGUUGAGGAACGCGUACAAAAUGAGUGAGGGACACCCCGGGUCGGUUGUCGUGAUCCAGGAAUCGGUGGGUCAUGCUGCCAUUGCUACGAAGAGCAAGUGCACGAACGAGAUUCUUCGGGAGUAUCUCGAGCACGGGACGGUGCCGAAGAGCGGGACGGUUUGCCAGCCUGAUUGUGGCCCUUGGGAUGGUGAUGCGUGUAAGUCAGACAGCUUGAGCAUCAGUGUGGCGCCUCUGGCGCCGCCGCAUGAUAAGUCUCAUCACUUCGUCUACUAA